AUGUCUAUCUAUCUAUCAUUCUGCUCAUGUCUAUCUAUCUCUCAUUCUGCUCAUGUCUAUCUAUCUAUCAUUCUGUUCAUAACUAUCUAUCUCUCAUUCUGCUCAUGUCUAUCUAUCUCUCAUUCUGCUCAUGUCUAUCUAUCUAUCAUUCUGUUCAUAACUAUCUAUCAUUCUGCUCAUGUCUAUCUAUCUAUCAUUCUGCUCAUGUCUAUCUAUCUCUCAUUCUGCUCAUGUCUAUCUAUCUAUCAUUCUGUUCAUAACUAUCUAUCUCUCAUUCUGCUCAUGUCUAUCUAUCUAUCAUUCUGCUCAUGUCUAUCUAUCUAUCAUUCUGCUCAUGUCUAUCUAUCUAUCAUUCUGUUCAUAACUAUCUAUCAUUCUGCUCAUGUCUAUCUAUCUAUCAUUCUGCUCAUGUCUAUCUAUCUCUCAUUCUGCUCAUGUCUAUCUAUCUCUCAUUCUGCUCAUGUCUAUCUAUCUAUCAUUCUGUUCAUAACUAUCUAUCAUUCUGCUCAUGUCUAUCUAUCUAUCAUUCUGCUCAUGUCUAUCUAUCUCUCAUUCUGCUCAUGUCUAUCUAUCUAUCAUUCUGUUCAUAACUAUCUAUCUCUCAUUCUGCUCAUGUCUAUCUAUCUAUCAUUCUGUUCAUAA